CCCUUUACAUCAUCGUAAAUCGGCCAAGUCCAGUUUGUAUUGGGUUGAGCAGAACUGCGGAGUGCGGAAGGAUAAAUAUAGUUCAUUUUAGGACACCAAACUUUGAAAAAAAUGGCUGGAUUGGAUAAUAUAUCAGGGGAGGAAGAUGUGCAUCUUACAUAUGAGGACCAGCAGAAAAUAAACCAAUUUGCAAGGUGUAACACCAGAUUAGAGGAAGUAAAGGAAGAACUGAAGACUAAAGAAACUGACCUGCACAACUUGGGAGAUGCUGAAGAUGAAAUGAUGAUAGCUCUAGAUGCUGAUGAAAAAGUACCUUAUCUUCUUGGAGAAGUAUUCCUUUUGAAGACUCAGGAAUCUGCUGCAGAAAGUAUUGGCAAAGAGAAGGAGUCCAUCAAUGAAGAAAUAGCUCAGCUUAAAUCAAAAGCUACAGAUUUGGAGGCAUCAAUGUCCCAGCUCAAAGCUGAUCUUUAUGCUAAGUUUGGGAACAAUAUUAACUUGGAAGCUGAUGAUGACUGAUGAUGACAUCACCGAACUGAAACUAGAUAAAGUAAUAUACAAUUCAAUAUGACGGAGUGAAAUGCGACCAAUUCUAGGACUUGAUAUUCCUGGCUAUUCUAACACGCUUACAUUAACAAUUAUAUAACAGUAAAAAUCUACUGCAAAUC